GUUGAACCAAAGAUUCGAAAUGGUGGAGUGGUUAUGGACCUAAUGGUCUUAUGGAGUAUGCAGUCUGCACGCAUGUUAUGCGCGGGAAGUUUGCCAAAUUGACGGUCUGGAUGAAUUCUGCAAGGGAUUGCUUGUUCAGAUUCGGAGCAAAUUUCAAGUCUCAUUAUGCCGCUUCGUUCGUGCAGCAAGUCAUAUACAUCUAAUAGUCAACCCAAAGUCCCAACAACCUUGAAAAGCAGUGUUGGCGGAAACAUGAGGGGAUCAAAAAAGAAAAACUGAGAAAAAGAGAGAGAGGAGCAAUUGGAGAUGGCAGAAGAGCAGAGAGUAGAAAUUCCAAGGGUGAAACUGGGAACCCAAGGACUUGAGGUCUCAAAGUUGGGGUUUGGAUGCAUGGGCCUGACAGGAAUCUAUAAUGCUCCUCUCUCUGAUGAGGAUGGAAUUGCAAUAAUCCAGAAUGCCUUCAAUAAAGGAAUUACUUUCUUUGAUACGGCUGAUAUUUAUGGUGCCAAUGCUAAUGAAAUUCUGGUUGGAAAGGCCUUGAAGCAGUUGCCAAGAGAGAAAAUUCAAUUGGCCACAAAGUUUGGUUUUGUAAAAACGGAACCUCCUAGUAUGCUGGUCAAGGGUUCCCCUGAAUAUGUGCGCUCAUGUUGUGAGGCUAGCUUGAAACGUCUCGAUGUCGAGUACAUUGAUCUUUACUAUCAACAUCGUGUGGACACAUUGGUACCUAUAGAGGAAACUAUGGGAGAACUUAAAAGACUGGUAGAAGAGGGCAAAAUCAAGUAUAUUGGGUUGUCAGAAGCUAGCCCAAACACAAUAAAACGGGCCCAUGCAGUUCAUCCCAUCACAGCCAUACAAAUGGAGUGGUCCCUCUGGACUCGUGAUAUUGAGGAAGAGAUAAUUCCCCUUUGCAGGGAGCUUGGUAUUGGAGUAGUUCCAUACUGUCCUCUUGGUCGUGGUUUUUUUUGUGGCAGAGCAGUUGUGGAAAGUUUGUCUUCAAAUAGCUUCUUGGCCUCACAUCCUCGGUUCCAAGGUGAGAACUUGGAGAAGAAUAAGAUAUUUUAUACUCGAAUAGAAAACCUUGCUAAGAAACAUGGAUGUACGCCCGCUCAACUAGCCCUAGCAUGGGUUCUACGAAAGGGAGAUGAUGUGGUACCUAUCCCAGGGACAACUAAAGUUAAGAACCUGGUUGACAAUAUUGGCUCCUUGAGAGUAGAACUCACGGAGGAGAAUCUGAAGGAAAUUUCUGAUGCUGUGCCAAUUGAUGAGGUUGCUGGUGCCAUAAGUUACAAAAGCAUGAGCCAUUUGUCAUGGAAAUUUGCAGAUACACCAGCGAAACAUUGCAAUGUCUCAACCUAAGACAUGUAAGGUUGCAUUUGUUUUCACUUGGUUGAUGUAAUGCUAUAUGAAAUUGAGGUAAUAUAAAUGGUUAAGUUUUUAUGUUGAUAUGCUAUGUACUCUCUAGUCAGUCACUCAUCUUGUUGACAUGAAUAUUGUUUAGCAAUCUGAAUGUAAAAUUAUUGGAGCUGAUUGUGUGA